UACUCAUGGAGAGUAUUUCUCUUAUUUUUAUAACUUGUUUUGGGGCAGCGAAAUGCCAAUAACUUGAUCAAAGAUAAUAAAAGAAAGGCCUGUUUGGCUAUAAAUGGGAAGGUGCCCUUUCCUUUCUUGAACACUAUAACUGUUAUCUUUCUCUCUCUACAAACCGCCUCGCCUCUCCUAUCCUCUCCUCUCUGUAAUUGGUGACUUUUGGUAAAGCUCAGACCUAGCAGGGUUUCUGAACUGCAAUAACCAACGAGGUAAAAGAACAGAAUCCCAACAAUUCCAGCUCUUCUCUCAUGCUUGUUUGCAUGUUCAGGAGAUAAAAUUGAAACCCCACUUUGAGCGUGACGUGCUACCCAAUUUUAGGUGCUAUUUUUUUUCUCUUUCGGAGGGAUGGCGAGGGAGAAGAUAAAGAUCAAGAAGAUUGACAACGUGACUGCGAGGCAGGUUACCUUUUCCAAGAGAAGACGAGGGCUUCUAAAGAAAGCUGAAGAGCUUUCUGUUCUGUGUGAUGCUGAGGUUGCGCUCAUAAUCUUCUCAGCUACUGGAAAGCUCUUCGAGUUUUGCAGCUCAAGUAUGAAGGAUGUACUUGAAAGGUAUAAUCUGCACUCUAAUGGCCUUAAACAAAUGGACCAACCUUGUCUUGAACUGCAGCUAGAGAAUAACAACUACAUCAAAUUGAGCAAGGAAAUGGCAGAUAAGACACACCAACUAAGGCAGACAAGGGGAGAGGAACUCGAAGGACUAAAUUUGGAGGAAUUGCAAAAACUAGAAAAAAUGCUUGAAGCUGGACUUACCCGUGUUCUUGAGACUAAGGAAGACCGGUUUCUGACUGAGGUUGCCACACUUGAAAGAAAGGGAGCUCAGUUGAUGGAAGAGAACAGUGAGUUAAGAAAGAAGAUGAUGAUGUUGUCGUCUAAGGGAAAAAGAGCCGCGGUUGUGGAGUCAGACACGGUGGUCCAGGAAGAAGGCCUGUCAUCAGAAUCUGUCACCAAUGUUUGCAGCAGUGGCGGCGGCCCGCCUUCUUUAGAGGAUGAUAGUUCUGAUACAUCUCUCAAAUUAGGGCUUCCGUUCUCUACCUGAAAAAAUCAGCAGACUCAUGAAAUACUUAAGUAUGGGUUCUGGUCAUUUUAAUUAGAUAUCUUGAAAGUUGUAGUCAAAAAGUACAAGUGACGAGAACUUCUUGUGGAUAUGUAUUUUUCGCCUUU